AUGCGUUGGGUAAUUAUUAUCGCCUGUCUGCCAUAUUCAUCUGCUUUAAUCGUAAUUAGUAAUGCAGAGUUCAUCCCGAACAAUAAUUAUACGAUGUUGGAAAGCAUCAUCAAUGUUUCAUUCCCGAUGAGCUGUAUUUGUUCAUGCUCUAACAAUUCGAAAUGUCUUAUUGCAAUGUUUUCUGGUAUCGCUCAAAGUUGCUUUCUUUUCCUUGCAUCUGUUGAUCAAGGUACUUUAAAGCUGAUAACAACGGAUCAAAUGAGCAGCGUUUUCAUAUUCGUAAACAAAACAUUGCCUGGUGCGUAUCAAAAUGAAAAUGAAAUUUUAUCAUUCACAACCAAUAAAGUUUUCCAUCUACAUCGGUACUUUUCUUUAGUGCCGUCAACCGUAAUCAGUCGGAAUGCAACUGUUUACGGUAUUUGGAACACAAGUGCUUCUCAUGAUAGUUAUCCAUCAUCACCUGGUACUAGUACAGGUAAUUAUUUUCCCACUCAAGGCCCAACAAAACUAUUUGAUGGCUUUCUUUUCACCAAAUAUAUCAAUUACGGCGCUUGCAAUGUCACGCAAGGGUAUAGUCUGACUCAGUGUGGUCAAAAUACAGGAGUAUAUCUCUCUCCACAACAAGGUCCUUCGUUACUCUUAGCCUUCCGACUUGCAACACCCAAUAGUUAUCCAGAACGUGAUCCGUUGGUUGUCACUAUUGAAGGAAGUAACCAUCCUUUUUCGGAACUAACGCUUGGAUCCAGUUGGACGUUAAUCUAUAAUGGUUCAUCCGGUCUUGAUAUCGAUCCUGGACGAAAAACUUGGGGUGUCACGAUAUCCAUACAAAAUAAUACUAUUUGGUAUUCCAGUUAUCGAUUUCUGGUUGUGUCCAAACGCAGCACAGGCCAAUUUGUACAAUAUUCUGAACUCGAUUUGCUCACCUAUUAA